AUGCCUUCCGAGCAUGGUUGGUACCUCGCGUGGGGGUCCAUCGCUGUGGAUACAAAACAAUGCAGAUCGACCUUCAACCCAUGCGUCAAGUCCAUCGGCGGGCGACUGCGCGUGAAGCGCCGACGAGGGCGCGGCCAAAAGGACUUGCAAGUCACCGUGACGUCGGCCGGGGAGGGACGAGUGCUGCGGCUGAUGCCUUCGGUGGUUGAGAGGAUGACAAUGAGGAGGAGUCAGUCCUUCGGCGACGAUGCGGCCGUGCAUCACGACACACCAGAGCCGCCGACGCGUGCGUGCGCUUGGUUCGAUGUGCUCCUGCUCAACUCCACGCGUCUUGCCCGCAAGGCCCUGUCGUCGGCACCACCACCAUGGCGCCAAGCAGCCCAAGGCUGA